AUGUAUCUAUUUGUCCUGAAAUUUCCGGUCUUCACCACCACACAUCACCUUAUGGCUUCUCUUCUAACCGGCGGAAUUUCAUCUUUUUGCGCAAAACCCAUUUCAGAACCCGCAAAAGGGUUUCUGUUUCACCAAUUUCCCAAGUCAUCCAGCCUCAGAAACCCAAGAACUUUCUUGAAGAUUAGGGCCGACGUCGGCUAUGAAUCCAAUACUACAAUUGAGUCGCCAGGUAAGAAAUCAUCGGUCUCUGCCUCAGAUGAGGAUGACCCACUUCAUAAAUUCUUGAAAAGAGACUAUAAGUGGGGUUUUAAUGAAGAGAUUGACUCGUUUACGAUUCCUAAAGGGUUGGCUGAGGAAACAGUUAGGUUAAUAUCUUCUAGGAAAAAUGAGCCUGAUUGGAUGCUCGAGUUCAGAUUAAAGUCUUAUCAGAAGUUUGUCAAUAUGAAAGAGCCCAAAUGGUCAGAUAAUCAGUACCCAGAAAUUGAUUUUCAGGAUAUUUGUUAUUAUUCAGAGCCCAAAAAGAAGCCUACUUUGAAUAGUCUUGAUGAGGCUGACCCUGAGCUGGUUAAGUAUUUUGAUAAGCUUGGGGUGCCUUUGAAUGAAAGGAAUAGACUGGCUAAUGUUGCGGUUGAUGCCGUUCUUGAUAGCGUUUCAAUUGCUACUACUCAUAGGAAGACGUUGGAGAAAGCUGGUGUGAUUUUUUGCUCAAUUUCUGAGGCUAUUAGAGAGCAUCCAGAGUUAGUUAGGAAGUAUUUGGGUAGGGUCGUGCCCCCUGAGGAUAAUUUUUACGCCUCUUUGAAUUCAGCUGUAUUCAGUGAUGGAUCAUUUGUGUAUAUACCAAAAAAUACGAAGUGUCCUAUGCAAAUAUCAACCUAUUUUAGGAUAAAUGCGAUGGAGACGGGGCAGUUUGAGAGGACAUUGAUUGUUGCAGAUGAAGGAAGCUUCGUAGAGUAUUUAGAGGGGUGUACUGCACCUUCUUAUGAUACGAACCAAUUGCAUGCUGCAGUGGUGGAGUUGUAUUGCCACGAGGGUGCCGAGAUCAAGUAUUCCACUGUUCAGAAUUGGUAUGCAGGUGAUGAGAAUGGGAAAGGUGGUAUCUAUAAUUUUGUUACAAAGAGGGGGCUUUGUGCUGGGCCUAGAUCUAAGAUAUCAUGGACACAAGUGGAGACUGGGUCAGCCAUCACUUGGAAAUACCCAAGUGUUAUUUUAGAGGGUGAUGAAUCCGUUGGUGAGUUUUAUUCUGUGGCAUUGACCAAUAAUUAUCAGCAGGCUGACACGGGAACGAAGAUGAUACACAAGGGGAAGAAUACUAGAAGUAGGAUAAUAUCAAAGGGUAUUUCAGCUGGACAUUCAAGAAAUUGUUAUAGAGGUCUGGUCCAGGUGUUGUCAAAUGCGCACAAUGCUCGAAAUUCUUCUCAGUGUGAUUCAAUGCUUAUUGGCGACAAUGCUGCUGCUAACACUUAUCCAUACAUUCAGACGAAAAAUCCAACAUCCCGUAUUGAACAUGAAGCCACGACCUCCAAAAUUGGUGAAGAUCAGUUAUUCUACUUCCAGCAGAGAGGUAUUGACUAUGAGAAAGCUAUGGCAGCCAUGAUUUCUGGGUUUUGUCGGGAUGUCUUCAAUGAAUUGCCAGAUGAAUUUGGCGCUGAAGUAAACCAGCUCAUGAGUUUGAAGCUUGAAGGAUCUGUUGGUUAAGCUGUAAUUACAAUAAGGCUGUAUUGUGUGGAAAUUUGUACAUCUCUUUAUAAGUUUUGAUCUUUAAAAUUUACUCUCUCUCUUGAGAUAGAUUUUCAAGAAGACAAACAUACGAAAUUUGUAAAUGCAUAAACAACGAUACUUUUGAUGCUUGUGAAUUUCCCUGUACCGUCAAGUGCAGUUUAAAAACUGAGGUUCAUUGAAUAAUUAUUUAUUUCCAGUUCGUGGACAUUAGAAAAUGUAACUUCUGCAA